UUUUAUUUUUUAUACUGUAACAUAAACUGUUUAAUUACAUUAUCAAAAAAAACAGUUAAACACAUACAAAUAAUAAAUUUCAAGUAAAGUAUAUAAAUUUAAAAAUUAAAAGAAAAAUUAGUAUUCUAUGGCUUCAAAUGAGUUCGAUGAUUGUAAUCUUUUUGCUCCUGAAAAAGAAGUUUUAGAAGAACUAUGUGAAUCUGAACAAGAAAAAAAAAACGAAUUUAAUUUGAACAUAAAGACUUCAUUAAUUAGUCCAAAUGCUAUUCAGUUUGAUGCUAUCUUGUCUAAAAUUCGUGAUUUACUUCUAGAAGGUCAUGGAGAAGCUAUUUAUGAAGUGGGUGCUGGAGAUGGCGUUGAUUGUGGCUUAAAUGAAGAUGACUUAAACGCAUCAAUAGCAACAAUUCAGAGUAUUUGUACCCAACUUAAUUGUGAUUGUAAUCUUUUAAGAGAAAAAAAUGUUGAAAAAGGAAAGAUUGCAGAGUUUUUAUUGAGAAUGAAGAUUAUAGAAGAAGAUUUUUUUGAAGUCAGAGUAGCUGUUGUGGGAAAUGUUGAUGCUGGUAAAAGCACGCUUUUAGGUGUUCUUACUCAUGGCUCACUUGAUGAUGGUCGAGGGACAGCACGUUUAAAAUUAUUUAGACAUAAACAUGAAGCUGAGACUGGUCGCACAAGCAGUGUUGGAAAUGAUAUUCUUGGUUUUAAUAGUAAAGGAAUUAUUGUUAACAAGCCUGACCCUCAUAGUGGAACAUUAGAUUGGACACAAAUAUGCAGAGAUUCUUCUAAAGUGUUAACUUUUAUUGAUCUUGCUGGUCAUGAAAAAUACCUUAAAACUACUGUCUUUGGAAUGACAGGUCAUGCACCAGAUUUUUGCAUGUUAAUGAUUGGUGCAAAUGCAGGGAUUGUUGGAAUGACAAAAGAACAUUUAGGAUUAGCAUUGGCUCUUAAUGUACCAGUGUUUGUGGUUGUCACUAAAAUAGACAUGUGUCCAACUAAUAUCCUUCAAGAAACAAUGAAAUUACUUAUGCGAAUACUGAAAUCUCCAGGGUGUCGCAAAAUUCCUGUUAUAGUAUCUAGUCAAGAUGACGUUGUUGUUUCUGCAACUAAUUUUACUUCAGAAAGAAUAUGUCCCAUCUUCCAGAUUUCAAAUGUAACAGGAGAGAAUCUUGACUUGCUAAAAUGCUUCUUAAAUUUACUAUCAAUUCGACGAGAUUAUGCUCAAGACAAGCCACCUAUUUUUCAAAUUGAUGACACUUACUCUGUCCCAGGUGUUGGAACCGUUGUUUCAGGCACAACGUUACAAGGUAUAAUUCAAAUUAAUGAUACACUUUUGCUUGGUCCAGAUGGUGUUGGUGCAUUUCAACCUGUACCUAUAAAAAGCAUACAUAGAAAACGACUUCCUGUUAAAGAAGUAAAAGCAGGACAAACUGCAUCAUUUUCUCUUAAAAAGAUUAAAAGACAAGAUAUACGAAAGGGAAUGGUUUUAGUAUCACGUGAUCUAAAAGCAGUUGCUACUUGGGAAUUUGAUGCAGAUGUGCUCGUUCUUCACCAUCCAACAACAAUAAGUGCCCGUUAUCAAGCUAUGGUUCACUGUGGAAGUUUAAGGCAGACUGCAACCAUAGUUUCUAUGGACAAAGAACAUCUUCGUACAGGAGAUAAAGCUGUUUGCCGUUUUCGUUUCAUUAAGGGGCCAGAGUUUAUACAGAAAGGUACAAAAAUGAUUUUCAGGGAAGGUCGUACAAAAGCCGUCGGAACAAUAACAAAUUUAUACGGAGAUAUUGAAGGAAAAGCAUCACAUAACACUCGUAUGAGUAAGCAAACUAAAGCUCUUAUGCAUCAUCGAGCUCAAACUGUAAAUAGAAGAACUAUUUAUAACAAACCGAAUUUAAACAUUGAGAAAAGUGAUAGUUGAUUGCAAACCAUUUUUUCAGACAAACUGUUUUAAUUAAUGCACUUUUGAAGACUUUGGUAGUGCUUGAUAUUCCGAUAAAAUUUUAUAAUAAUUUUUAACAUAAAUAUGGAAAAGUGUGUUACGCGGAUUUUUAUACUUGUCAAUACAAAUGCAAUGCUUGAUUAUUUCAUGUAUCGAGUUUGCAAUACACGGUAUUUAUGGCGUUACAUAAAAGGAUUUUGCGUGAAAAGAUGGCCGAGUGAAACAUAUUGACUUUAGCGUAACUUUCAUAACAUCCUUUUUUUUCUCCGUCGUUUUUUGUUUGUUUUUUAUCUCUUUAUUGACAUAGCUUUUUAUGUCUCGUGUAUAAAGUUAACUUGUUUAUAACUUUUAAAAGUGAAAUAUUUAUAUAUAAAAUGUAGCUUCUGUGAUAAGAAGUGAAAAUAAUAUUGAUUAAUAGA